AUGGUCAACUACAGAAUGGUCGCUCUCGGAGCUGCCGGUUUGCAAUUCAUCGGAGGCUCCAAUGCUCUGGACAUCCCCGGCGUCGGCAAUGUUGUGUCUAGCGCUAUUGGAGGUGCUGGUUCUGUUGUUCCCACCCUCAUCAACACUGUCAACCCCGUUGUAUCCAGCGUUCUUUCCGAGGUUGCUGGACUCCCGACCGCGACCGAUCUCCCUGCUGCAGUCUCCAGCAUAGCAUCUGACGUGGGCGCCCUCCCAUCCAGCGUCUUGAGCGACGUGCCUCCCGCCGUAUCCAGCGUUCUCCUUCCUUCGGAAAUUCCCAGUCUCGGCUCGGUCGUCGCAAGCAUUACAAGCGACCUUUCCGUCAACCCCACUUCUCUCGUUGGAGGAGUUGCCACUGACCCUGCUGGUGCCGUCGGCUCUGUGGUAUCCAGCGUUGUCUCAGUCGUCACAAACCUGCCAUCCGAUGUCACUGGUGCGCUGCCCACUGGAGUCGUCUCCGGUAUUGUUGAUACUCUGACUGGCCUGCCCGGCGGUGUUGCAACCGAUCUUCCCGGCGAGCUCUCGAGCAUCUUGUCUGCUCUUCCCACUUCGAUCGUGUCGAGUGUGCUCGGUGGUCUGCCCACCGAUCUCCCUACUGGCAUCCUAACCGAUCUCCCGGUAUCCAGUAUCCUUGGCGGUGUCACUUCUGGGCUGCCUCUCCCUACCGGCAUCCUAACCGAUCUCCCGGUAUCCAGUAUCCUUGGCGGUGUCACUUCUGGGCUGCCUCUCCCUACCGGUAUCCUGACCGACUUGCCCACCGGCAUCAUCUCCAGCAUCCUGUCCGAUCUGCCCACCGGUGUCGUGUCGAGCAUUCUUGGUAGCGUGCCCUCUGUCAUCCCUACUGGCAUCCUUACCGAAUUGCCCACUGGCGUCGUGUCCAGCAUUCUGAGCGAUCUACCUUCUGGUGUAUUGUCCAGCGUCGUCUCUGGCGUCCUUGGUGCAGGCAGCACUACUCGAACUCCGGGCAUCCCCUUCUCGACUGUUCCGCUGCCCACUGGUGUUCUGACCGAGCUGCCUUCUGGUGUCAUCUCGAGCAUCCUCAGCAGCCUCCCCACCGAUAUCUUUCCCUCGGGAGUCCCCACAGGUGCCAACCCCACCUCGAUUCUUACUUCGCUUCCUUCAAGUGUUCUCGUCUUGACCGGUCUGCCCACUCCUACUGCUCUUCCCUCGGGUAUCUUGACUGAGCUUCCAUCGGGUGUCAUCUCCAGCAUUCUCAGCGGUCUUCCUACCAGCCUCUUGCCUUCGGGUGCUUCCACUGCCAACCCUACAUCGCUUCUGACUUCGCUUCCUUCGAGCGUGCUCUCCAGCAUUCUCGCCAGCGAUAUUCCUUCGAGCGUUCUGAGCGGACUUACCUCUGCAACAUCUGCAUCCUCAGCUUCUACUGCCAGUUCUGCAAGCUCGGCCUCUGCAACAAGCCCUUCAUCGUCUGCUCUCCCAACAUCGAUCACUGUUGAUGGUGUCACUUUCGGUAUCCAGUACAACACAACGUACCUCGGCGCUCAGACUUUCGACGGCUGCGUCUCCAUCUGCGCCGCAGACGUUACUUGCAAGGCAACCUCGUUCAACGCUGACACCGAUGUCUGCACAUUCUACCGUUGUGUUGACCUCGCCUCAGAGCGUGCUGCUCCCGGUACCACCUUUGCCCUGUUCGAGUCCAGUGUCGUUGACUCGAGAUCGGGCGUCGCAUGUGGCGCUGGUGUCUCUGUCUCGUCUGCCGUACCUGCCUCUACUGGAAAUGCUAUCGGCGCAUCAGGCGCAGCUUCGACCAACGCUGGAGGUGCUGCCGUUACUGGUGGACAGCUGAGCACCUCUGUAUUCACCGUUAUUGCCUGUCCUUCGACAGUCACGAACUGCCCUGCUUCUGAGAAGACCACCUACCUCAGCACCGCUACUUUCGGCCCUGGACAAGGCCUUGUUACCGCCACUCUUUACAGCACCUCUGUCCAGACAAUUUACUCUUGCGCUCCCACCGUGACGGAUUGCCCGCUGAGAGGGAAGCCAACAACCACUGAUGUCAUUGUCGCCUACACCACUGUCUGCCCUGCUGCUCAGGCUUCCGCUCUCGUCAGCAUGGGUGGAAGUGGCUACAACUCCAACACUGGCUCUGGUUCCAACACCAAUGUCGUCGUUAUUGGCCAGAACGGAAACACCGGCAACUCUGGCUCAAACGGAUCAUCCGGCUCCAACCUUCCUGUCGUCUCGGUCAUCGUCUACACCAGCGGCGGCACUGUUUACACCACUACCACCAGCUGCCCCACUGUCAGCACCCUUGCACCCACUGUCAACGCUCCUGGCUCCAACGCUCCUGGCUCCAACGCUCCUGGGUCCAAUGUUCCUGGAUCGAGUGCCCGCGGCUCAUACGCUCCCGGAGUUUCGACCAAGGGUGUUGCCCAAACCACUACUCCCGGCACAAACGCCUACGUCGCAGUCUCUUGCAGCAACGGUGUUUGCCAGAGCUCGACCAAGACUGCUUCGUCCGCUUCGGGUACCAGCUCCUCCACCAUGGCUGUCUUCACCGGCGCCGCUGCCAUCGCAAAGCCUGUUUCUGACGGCGACACGAUCUGA